AUGUCAUCCAUUGCGGAUAUCCCACAGAUGAAAGCGACAACUCUCACGGUCAUGGCUACUCGAGCAGAGGAUCAGGACCUAGUAUUCAAUAUAGCUCAAAGUACUGCAGAGGACCAAUCAAACAUGCAGAGCACAAAGGAAGAUCGCGUACUGCCUUGCUUCGGAUGGCACCCGUGGUUUUCGCACCACAUCAUCGAUGACCAAGGAGCAUCUUCUGAAACGGCUGCUGGAAGCAAAAAAGACCAUUAUCGCAAAGUCUUGACACCGGCCCCAGAUGAUGAGGAAUUUUUAUCUUCUCUACCAGAUCCGCGAACGCUCUCGCAACUCCUCUCUGAAACACGCACACGGCUCCAAAAGUUCCCUAGCGCCCUAGUUGGCGAAGUCGGCCUUGACCGCGCUUUCAGACUUCCACAAGCCUGGACCCAAGACGAGGCCGAAAGUCGUGAUGCACAGAUGACGCCUGGGUCUCGUGAAGGCCGGAAGCUCUCCCCCUAUCGAGUACAAAUAGACCACCAGAAGGCUAUACUCAAAGCCCAGCUGCGCUUGGCUGGUGAGCUUGGACGGCCAGUCUCUGUCCAUAGUGUCCAAGCACAUGGUGCUGUAUUCGAUGUUUUCAAGGAGUUGUGGGCGGGCCAUGAGCGCAAGAUCCUGUCUCGGAGACAGAGACAGAGACGGCUUAGUAUUGAAGAUGCGCACGCAGAGAGCGACGCCGAAGAUGAGGCGGUAGGGAAUUCAGCGAAACGAAAUGACACGCCACUACCAUACCCGCCCCGAAUCUGUAUGCAUUCCUAUUCCGGGCCAGUGGAACAAUUGAAGCAAUUUCUGAACCCGUCAAACCCAUCGGAUGUGUACUUUUCUUUUUCUAGCGUGAUCAAUUUCGGCACGUCUUCGUCCCGCAAGGUCAUCGAGGUUAUCAAGGCUCUACCAGAAGACAGGUUGCUCAUCGAGAGCGACCUGCAUACAGCUGGGCAGCAGAUGGACGACUUAUUGGAGGAAGUUGCUCGCCAAGUUUGUGAUCUUCGUGGAUGGCCCCUCAGACAAGGGGUCCAACGACUAGGAGACAACUGGAGACGGUUUGUCUUCGGAUAG